AUGGCAAAGAACCUAAACGUUCUUGCUUUUGUUCUUCUUGCAAUAGCAAACCUUCUCCACGGUUCGUUAGCUCAAACACGACACGUGGUUGGUGAUGCCACAGGCUGGACUAUCCCAAACAACGGUGCUUCAUUUUAUGUCAACUGGGCUUCCAAAAAUACCUUCACAGUAGGCGACACUCUUGUGUUCAAUUUUCCCACCGGACAACACGAUGUUGCUAAGGUAACAAAAUCAAAUUUUGAUGGUUGUAAUGGAGCGAACACGCUUUCUAUGUUAACAAACGGUCCAGCUACGGUGACUCUGAACGAAACGGGACAGCAAUAUUUCAUUUGUACCUUUGGAACUCACUGUUCUAUGGGUCAAAAAGUGUCUAUUAACGUUGUUAAAGCUUCAACUUCGCCUGUUGCUGCUCCUAAACCCAGUGCUUCUCCACCAAAACAAGCACCAGUACAAGCACCAACACCAACCACAACCGCUUCACCAGCACCAACACCAACCACCACUGCUUCACCAGCUCCAGCUCCAGCUCCUGUUACUGGACCUGUUACUUACACUGUUGGUGACACGUUAGGUUGGACUGUUCCCACCAACGAUCCUGCAGCUUAUACAUCUUGGGCAUCUCGCAAGUCUUUCAAAGUUGGAGACAUUCUCGUUUUCAAUUUUCCAUUGAAUGUACACAACGUGGAAGAGGUGACAAAGGAGAAAUAUGGUUCUUGCAACUCAUCUUCUCCGAUUGCCACUUUUAGCAAUCCACCGGUGAGAGUCACCCUUAACAAAACUGGUACCCAUUACUUCAUCUGUGGUGUUCCCGGACACUGCUCUGGUGGCCAAAAGCUUUCCAUCAAUGUUGGUGGUAGUAGCAGCAGCAGCCCCGCCUCAUCACCUUCUCCGUCCGCCACAUCACCUUCUCCAUCCGCCUCUUCACCUUCUCCAUCCGCAUCUUCACCUUCUCCUGCCACCGGUGCCACUCCUCCACCGUCUUCUACCGUUACCCCUUCUUCUCAGUCUCCAGGUGGUUCUCUCAGCCCUCCUCCCGAGAACUCUAGUGCCGCAUCUCUUGGGGUUACUGGAUUAUUUGUCGCAAUUCUCUCCGUGGCCGCAGCAUUUUUCUGUUGA